AUGGUUAAGUCUGUUCCGGUGUGGAUUCGGUUGAAUGGUUUGGGAUUGCAAUAUUGGGGAAAAAAUAGUCUCAGUGCUCUGGUGAGUACUAUUGGCAAACCGAUAAUGGUGGACAAGGUGACUCAGAGUAGAGCGAUGGUGAUAUAUGCUCGGGUUUUGGUGGAUAUGGAGAUUUCGGAUCACCCUCCUAAAAUUAUUGCUUAUAUCAAUGAACAGGGACAGUUAGUCGAACAAAUGGUUGAGUAUGAAUGGCUCCCAUCUAAGUGUGUUGCUUGUGCUCAAUUAGGGCAUAUAGUGGCUAAUUGUAACAAGGGGAAUGAAAACAGAGUGCAUAAUGCUACAAUUACUGAUGCAGACGAUAGGGGUGAGAGAUUGUACAUGGGCUUUGAGUCAAAGGAGAGUAAACAGGGUACUCACAUCUCUACUCAGUUAGAUGGAACUGGCAGAAAUGACAGUGCUGGCAAUUGGAUUACUCCAAAAAGACGAGGGCCUAAACAGGAAGUGGCAGCUCAUCACAAGGCAGCUGUAGCUCCAAGCAAGGCUAAUUCGAGGUGGAAUGUGAGGGGUAUGAAUAAAAAAGAGAAGCAAAAAGCUAUUCUAGAUGUGUGUAAGGAGAAUAAGGAUUACUUUUCUAGUUCUAUCACUUCUGGUAGGAUUUUGGUUAUUUGGCAAGCUAAGUUUGUGAAGGUUGACAUAUUGCUCGAGGAUCCUCAACUUGUUCAUUGCAAAAUAAAAGUUUGUGGCCAGCAGGAGGUUUUCUUUGCUACGGUAGUUUACGGUAGUAACUCUAUGGAGGAGAGGAAAAUUUUAUGGGACAAGUUAGCUAACAUUAGUCAUCUGAAUAAUCCUUGGAUUAUAUUCGGGGAUUUUAAUGCUAUGUUUAGCUUCCAGGACAGGAAUGGUGGGAGACAAAUUUUAGCUAAAGAUAUUGUUGAUGCUCAAGACUGGCUGGCUUUAGGCCAAGUGGAAGAAUUUAAAUGUUCUGGUGCGCACUUUACUUGGUCCAAUAAACAUGAUAUAGGUGACCAGAUUUUUUCCAAGCUUGAUCGAGUGUUUACUAAUGUUUCGUGGCUGGACUUGUUCCCUAAAACUGAAGCUUGCUUUAAAUGUGACUGUGUUUCUGACCAUAGCUGCUGUAUUAUUGAAAGUCAGGAGUUGAACAAGGUGGGGAUCAAACCUUUUAGAUUUUGUAAUCACUGGUUGCAUUACAGAAGGUUCAAAGAGACUGUUUUGGAAAGCUGGAAUUCUACUUCAGGUUCGGGAAGGGGUCUUAAUCAGAUCGUUCAGAAGCUUUUUAGAGUUAAACAUGUGUUGAAACGUUUUAAAAGGGAAGAGGUUGGUGAUGUUGUUUUGGAUUACAAGCUGGCUAAGGAGGAGCUUAGUAAUGCUCAGGAGGCCUUGGCUACUAAUCCUUCUGACCAUACUAUGCAUCAAGCUGUUAUUCAAGUUCAGCAGAAGUUUACAGUUAUGCAGAAUCGUUACUCUAGCUUUCUCAAGCAGCAGAGUAAAGUUAACUGGGUAGUUUUCAGUGAUGAUAACUCGAAAUACUUCCAUGCGGUUAUGCGGAAAAGAAGAAUAGAAAACAGAAUCACUUCUUUUACUACUGGUGAUAAAAUUGAAGAUGAUUAUGAGAAAGUUGUAAAGCAUUUUCUCUCCCAUUUUGAGAACUUUAUGGGGAGGAGUAGUUCGGCUACCAAGGAGAUGGAUUUAGAAUGUUUGAACCAGGGAAAUAGACUGACUAUGGAGCAGCAAGUCCGUUUAUUAAGGCCGUUUAGUAAGAAUGAUGUGAAGAAGGCACUUUUCAGCAUUCAUUCUUCUAAAAGUCCUGGGUUGGAUGGUUUUGGAUCAAGCUUUUUCAAGGGGUUAUGGGGGAACAUUGGAGCUAAAAUAUCUCAAGCUGUGUUAGAUUUUUUCCAGGAUGGUUUUUUGCCGAAAACAAUGAAUGAAACGGUGAUUUCCCUCAUUCCUAAGGUAGCAGACCCGAAAUCAGCUAGUGAUUACAGGCCUAUUGCUUGUUUCAAUACACUUUAUAAGUGUAUAUCGAAGUUGCUUUGUACUAGGCUUUCGGAAGUGCUUCCUUUCCUUGUUCAUAGCAACCAAGGGGCCUUCAUUAAGAAUAGAAGUCUUGCUCAUAAUAUUAUGAUCUUCCAGGAUCUCCUAAAAGGGUACACUAGGAAGAAUAUUUCAGCAAGAUGUAUAAUGAAGAUCGAUCUUAGCAAAGCCUACGAUACAGUCGAUUGGCACUUUGUGGAGGAGCUGCUUAAGAAUCUUUAUGACUUGAUUAUUUUUUGUAAAGGCAAUAUCAAUUCGGUGAGAGGCAUUCAAGAAGCUUUCAAGAAGUUAUGUGAUUCUGCAGGUCUUUCUGCGAAUAAAGCGAAAUCUCAUAUCUUUUUUGGAGGAGUUAAAGAAGAAAUUAAAAUCAAGAUUCUUGGCCUGAUGCAAAUGGAAGAAGGUUCAUUUCCUUUGAAGUAUUUAGGGGUUCAUCUUCAGCCUACUAAAUGGAAGGCUUCAGACUAUGGGGUGAUUUUGGAUAAACUGAACAAGAAUCUCAACUAUUGGGCGAGUAGGAAUUUAUCGUUUGCUAGUCGUGCUCAACUUAUUCACUCGGUUAUGCUUGGUAUUAGGAACUUUUGGAUGAGUAUUUUCAUUCUGCCUUAUAAAGUUACAGCUGCCUUAGAUAAAUGCUGUCGAGACUUCCUCUGGGGUUCAAAAGGGAGUAGGAGUAAGCUUCAUCUCCCUUCUUGGGAGAAGGUUUUUCUCCCGAAAAAGUUGGGUGGUAUUGGUUUUCGUGAAGGCAAGAAAUGGAACAUGGCUUUGAUGGCCAAGUUCAUAUGGGCUUCCUCUAGAAAGCAAGACUGCCUUUGGGUUAGAUGGAUCAACUCCAUUUACCUUAAGGAUCAUAACAUUUGGAGUAUUCCUAUUAAGCAAGAUAUGAGUUGGUAUUUUAAGAAGCUGCUAAGGCUUAGGAACAAGUGUAUCUUUGAUUCUGUGUGUAACUCGGCUAGAAGUGUUAGCUUUGAAAUUAGGAAAGUUGUUAAAUGUAGAAUCUUGGGUAUGGGUCUACAUAUCUUUAGCAAAAAAGACAGAUAUUUGCUCAAUGUUGUAAAGGGUUGGUAA